GUUCUUCGUACGAAUCAAAAUGGAGCUACUGUUGGGACAUAUACAGGAAUGUCCUAUAAAAAUACUAGUAAGAACAUAGAUGGACAUCCAUUAAGGAUUGGCGAAGAAAUUGGUGGAUUUCUCUUUGGCUCUUCCAUGCUACUAAUAUUUGAAGCGCCACUGAAUUUUAAAUUUUGUGUAACACCAGAACAAAAAACUAAAGUCGGUCGAAAGCUAGGACAGGAUGGCGACUGA